UUCCAACCAUGGAAAGUUACAGGGAACUUCCACAAUUAAGACUUCUUAGUUCUUUCUUUAUAACCUUUCACAUGGCGUCUUUCACAGCUUAUCUACUCAUCUCUUCACUCAACCCUUCCAAUAGUUUAUAUUCACAAUGGUUGUUCUGACUGAACAUGAAUCUUUACCUGGAUCCUCAUCUUCAUCAGCAGCUCAUGAUCAUAAUCAUAGAUAUGAUGUAUUUUUAAGUUUCAGAGGUGCCGACACUCGUAAUGGUUUCACCGAUCACCUCUACAACACCCUUUUGGAUGCCCGUAUUAACACGUUUUUGGAUGAUGAAGAGAUUGAAACUGGAGAGCCACUGAAACCAGAACUGGAGAGUGCGAUUAAGUCAUCCAGAGCUUCUAUUAUUGUGCUGUCCCAGAAUUAUGCUUCCUCCACAUGGUGCCUAGAUGAAUUGGUAUUAAUCCUUGAGCAACAGAGGAGCUUUAACCAAAUUGUUAUCCCCAUUUUCUAUCAUGUGGAGCCCACGGAUGUCAGGAAGCAACAAAGCAGCUUCGGGGAAGCAAUGUGGAAGCAUAAAGAGAGGAUGGAGGCAGAAACCAAUGCAGAGAAAAGAAGUGAAUGGGGUCGAAAGAUGGAGUUAUGGGGGAGGGCACUCACACAAGUUGCUGAUUUAAAAGGAAAAGAUGCAAAGAACAGGAAGGAGACAAAACUGAUUGAAGAAGUUGUUACCAACAUCCAUCAUAGAUUAGGUGGACCCUUAAGUAAUACUCUACCAUCCCUUACGGGGAGGAACCAUGACAUUGAACUCAUUACUUCGUGGUUGACAGAUGGAUCUUCUCACAACGUCGACAUUCUUACAAUUGUAGGCAUCAGUGGGAUUGGAAAAACAUCUUUGGCUAAGUAUGUUUUCAUGUUACACUUUAGUAAAUUCCAGAAAAGCAGCUUUAUCGAAGAUAUCAAUACAAGAUGCGAAGAACGCCAUAAUGGAUUGCUUGAUUUACAAAAGCAACUUCACGGAGACAUUUCAAAAAAACUCGACUUACAUGUUAAUGUUGUCAACGAGUACACCUCUAAAAUUGAGGAUGUGUUAUCUCGUAAAAAGGUGUUUAUAGUGUUUGAUGACAUUGGUAGUCUUCACCAGCUGAACGCUUUACUUGGAAAAAAAGGUUUACAUCCAGGAAGCAAAAUCAUUAUUACAACCAAGGAUACAUCUUUAACAGAAAGGUGUGAAUUAUUCAAGACACAAGUUCAUCCCAAGCAUACUCAGGUCUUACUUGAUGGCUUAAAUAAGUAUGAAUCACUAACGUUUUUAUGCAUUCAUGCAUUCCAGAGCCAUACCCCCAAAGAAGGUUAUAAAGAUGUCUCGAUAGAGCUUGCGAAAUAUUGUGAUGGACAUCCAUUGGCUCUAGAAGUUCUGGGUGGGUCUCUACAUAAGCGAGAUGUAGCAUAUUGGGAAGAGCACAUAAAAGAGCUAAAGAAAGAACCUCUUUUGGGUAUAGAAAAGGUAAAAAAGGCAUUACAAUUGAGCUUUGACUCUUUGUCAUCCGAAAAUGAUAAGGAGCUGUUUAAGCAUAUUGCUUGUUUCUUUGUGGGAGAAGAUAGGGAUCUUACCGUAACAAUAUUAAAAGCCUGUGAUAUAAACACGACAUCUGGGAUUACAAAUCUCAUGGAAAAAUGCUUUCUUCGUGUCAGAAGGAAUAAUGAAUUGUCGAUGCAUUCAUUGAUUCAAGAGAUGGGAAGAGAUUUAGUACGUCAAGAAUCACUUAACAAGCCAUGGGAGAGGAGUCGAUUAUGGUGUCACGAGGAGUCAUUCGAUGUGUUGAAAUGUAAAAAAGGAACCCAAAAUAUUCUAGGCCUUGCCCUUGACAUGAGGAUGCUUGACAAAAAGAAGUUGCGUGGAUCAUUUGAGCUGAAAACCGAGUCAUUAAGUCAGAUGAAUAAUCUAAUGCUACUACAACUAAAUAAUGUGCAAUUAAAUGAGUGUUUCCCCAAUUUUCCGGAGGAGUUAAGAUGGUUGUGUAUGCACGGGUUCCCUUCAAAGUCUAUUCAUUUAGACCUACCAAUGGAGAAUUUGGUUGUUCUUGACAUCUCUCGCAGCAAUAUUGAAUCUUUUGACAUGUCAUACAGUGACCCACAACCACCUGCGGAGAAGCAAAAGUUGGUUGGAUCAUGCUCAAACGACGAACCGUUGCUUGGAUCAUUGAAGAUUCUAAAUCUGAGUUUCUGUGAACAGCUUCAUAGUGUUGGUGGUUUUUUUGAACUACCUGCACUUGAGAAGUUAACAGUUAAAAGGUGCAUAAGUUUGAUGGAGGUGUGUGAAUCAAUUGAGCAAUGUGUUGAACUUGUCCACAUUGAUCUGAGUUACUGCCACAAGAUUAAAAAGCUUCCAAUAUCCCUAGGCAAGUUACAAAAGCUUCAAACACUAUUGCUAAAUGGUUGUAAUUUAUCUGAAUCUGCCAUUAUGGAUUCAUCAGAUCUUAGCAUAAGCUCACAAACCUCUUCAUCAGCCAUUGUAAGGGAGGCUAUACCAAGUGAUUUCAAGUUCUUUAUGACUUUUUUACCAAACUCGUUGAGAAUUUUGUCACUUGAAAAUAAUAAUUUGUCAAACGAAUCAUUUCCCAUGGACUUGAGUUGUCUAGUCAUGUUAGAGGAAUUAUGUUUAAAUGAAAAUCCAAUUGUGUCGCUGCCCAUUUGUGUGGGAACCCUUCCAAGGAUUCAGAAACUUAGUAUUGACAACUGCUAUGAUGUGAUAUCAGUUGAGCAUCUUCCAUGUACCCUAAGAGUAUUCUCCAUGCUCACAUAUAUUGGAUGUGCGACUAGGAAAAUUAAAUUUGAUCCAGAACUUCCUCCACUCAAAUUAAGAGGAAUUCCUUUAUUGGCAUCGCAUUCGUCGAUUGAAUUUGAAGGCAUAAUCAAAAUUGAACCAAUGGCAGAUGUUGAGGAAAAGUUAUUACAUAGUUUGGGCUGGAAAAGGUCAGACUUGAUUAAAGGACACCUGGAAUUUCGUGACCUCCAGAUGUGUUAUGAAUUUGGAAUAUUCAGCACCUUUUAUGGGGGGAAAGGGAUGCCGGAGUGGAUUAGGUGUAGAAGUCGGGGCCCAUCAAUAUCAUUUAUCAUCCCAUCAUCUCCUAAGAAGCUCCAAGGAUUGAAUUUCUGUUGUGUGAAUUGGCCUCUAUCAUUAAGUUUUCCCGUGCCAACGAUCAAAAUUAGUAAUAUUACAAAAAAGCAAACCUGGAUUUAUAAUCCUUAUUGUGAAAACAUCUGGUUAGGUGGAAAGGACUACAUUAGUUGGUUAAGCCAUUGGAUGUUUGGGCCAAAUGAGAUGAAAGCUGGUGAUAACAUUAUAAUAGAGUGUUAUAUGGAAGAGGAAGAGGAAGAAGAUAGCUACUACAUAAUUGAUUAUAAAACAGAGUGUGGGGUUGAUGUUGUGUAUAAUGAUGGUAGUAUGGAAGAAGAUGUGUUGAGUUAUUACAAGUCAUGGAAUCACAUCAUUGGUGGAGACCUCUCUGCUUUUCAACUUACAACAGGUGAAUACUACCUAUGUAACAAGGCUUUUACGCGGGAUUCCACUGACGAAUAUGAUCCUUUCAUUGGUGAAGAAGGCAGCCAUAAGGGCACAGUGUUCACAAAAGCGUCCAACAGCAAUGCCACCUGCUGAAGCUCCUUGCAUGCCUAUGUUCCCACAAGGUUUAGGUCAACAAACGUUUGAUGGUCAAGCUCUUGUUCCAGGUAUGACCUCAGAUGGAGGUCCAAUGGCGAACUUUUACAUGCCAAUGGUUCCAACAUGUCAGCAGGAACCGCGCCCAGGUGGAAGCCGUGCUGGUGUUUCUGGGCCACUGAAUCACCAACAACCUCUUUCUCUUAUGCAACAACAGAUGGAGCCAUAUGGACUAAUGUAUCCUCACCCGCCUGGUAGUGACACUGGUAAUGUGUCAAUGGGUUCUGUUCAAUAUGAUGUUGAGAAUGCUGGUGGAAUCUUUGCACUUACAAAUGCUUCUCCAACAGAGCAAAGGACUGCACAAUGUUCACAAAUGGGUCCAACUCGAGCAGCACCUGCUGGAGCUAGUUGCGUGCCAAUGUUCCUUCCCGCUUUAGGUCAAGCUCAACCUACCUUCAUUCCUCCCCAGCUUGGUUUUGGGCACCGAUAUCAGCUUGUUCCAGGUCAGCAUGGACCGCGUCCAGGAGGAAGCCAUGUUGGUUUUCAUGGGCAGUAGAUUCAACAACAGCCUAUUCUUCUUAUGCAGCAACAGCACCAGCAUCAACUUGUUCCAGGUAUGAGCCCAAAUGGAAGCCCAAUGCCAAACUUUUACAUGCCAAUGAUUCAACCAGGUCAGCAUGGACCGCGUCCACGUGGAAGCCGUGUUGGUGUUCCUGGGCUGCAGAUUCAGCAACAUCCUGUUUUUCUUAUGCAGCAACAGACGGUGCCAUAUGGACGAAUGUCUCAUCACGCACCAAUGUCUUAUCGAUAUGAUGCUGGGAAUGUGAUGCAAUUAAGUGAUGCUGGUGGAAGCUCUGCACUUGCAAAUGCUUUCCCAACAGAGCAAAGGACUAUGUUGGGUAAGAAUCUAUACCCACUCGCGGAACAGAGGUUCUUCGGUGGCAGGAGUUACCAUGAGCACUAAGGGUCCUCAAGAGACAUCUCUCAGCAGCAGGGUAGCCCUGAUGAUCAAAACGGACUUGAUUUGGUAGCUUUUGGGAGAUUGAAUUUACAAAGGAACCACUGUUUUUUUUUUUUUCUUUAUUUUCCUCAUGUUUGUUUUUACGAUUAUAGUACAUGAUGAUUGGUCGUUAUAGCAAUAAACUAGGUUAAGCAUAUAUCGAUAUUUUGUUGGAUUUGACAUAAAAUCCAUAUUCAUUUAAUUUAAAUGGUAAUGAAAUAUGGUUUUGUAUGAUUGAUUUGA